GAUUUUUAAUCAUUAUUUCAGUAUCGGAUAAUCCGAAAAGGAUUUUCGUUGCUGAUUUCAGCGCAACAGUUAAUGCAGAUUUGAUCAAAUUUGGGGAACUUCAGGCUCAUCGUCGUAUCAUUGGGUUUGUUGGUGUUGUUCAUGCACCAAUUGAAGAUGAGGAAGCAGAAGCGUCACAGCAACAUUCCGAUAUAGACACUGCGGCAGAUCGUCGAGUUGAUGAUUCGAAUCCGAAAACACAUUAUCUUGCAAAAAUCAAAGAGCAAUACGAUUUUGUAAAGACUGAGUACGCGUCAACUCUUGUGGAUUCGCGAUGUAUUGUUAUCGGAUAUCCAGAAAUUUUAUGGAAAAUUAGUCUCAAUUUUUUAUUUAUUAGUGUAGAUGUUGUUGGAUCUAGAGAGAAAACUGGACUUCCAUCUUUGGUCCUAAUGAAAUGCAAGGAAUCUAUAAAGGGAUUGUGGUCUUCGCGAGAAUUAUUUUCUUUCAAAACUCUCGAUGAUGCGGAUUCAUUGGAAAUGGGUAUAAGAGAUUUUCUGCGCUCCAUUUAUUACGUAUUGGAAAGUCGUCGACUUGAUCUUUCUUUUGAGAAGCAGGAAUGUCCAUCAUGUCCGGCGCUAAUCGACGAACAAAAGUAUCGUCAAGGUUUGGAAAAUAAAGCCAGCAAAAUAUACAGGAAAAAAUGUAUUGGUCGCCUUCGGAAACAAGUUGCCGAUUACACACUCAUAACAGGAUUGCCCACUUUAGCAAUGGAUUCCUAUCAAUCAGCCAUCGAAUUCCUUAAACAGGCUAACGAUUUGCUUUGGCUUGCUGCUGCUUAUGAAGGUUGGGCUUGUUCAGCAAUGGUAGCGAAGUAUGAUCUAACAGAAGAAUGUGCUUCUAUUAGUGGAAUGCAACGAAUUUCAACGAUGACCUCCGAACAGAUUCUUUCGGCACGUAAAACAAACCAGUAUAGUACCGGUAUUUCGACUGGACAUCAGAGACAUUGGUCAGAUGAAGAAUGUUCUUUAAAGACUUCGUCUGCAUUAGGAGAAGUUCAAAUUUUAGAUGACUGUUCUUGUCGUCAUUCUUUUCGAUUACGUUGGAAUGGAUCAGCUUAUGAUAAAUCCGGAAAGUAUGGGAUCAAUUAUUUGGAAAUUGUUGAAAGAUUCAAAGCUGCAUUGGAAAGUUACGAAAGGUUUUCAUUUGCUGCAUGGAUCGAAUAUGAAUGCAUGAUGAAAGCUGCUUCUGUUUUUCGAUAUCAGCGUUUAUAUGUAGACAUGGAGGGUUUCAUAAGAGAACAUAUUGGUAAAUAUCUUGCGGACGGUUUUAAUCAGUUUGGUCAUUUCACAAAAGCUGUGAUAUGCCUUAAUUCUGCAGAAGUAUAUCAUAAAAUUGGUUUUAAUCGAAAAUCUGCAUUUUUUGCUCGUCUAGGGGUUUUAUUCCGCUUACAUAUGACGAAGAGCGGAAAUCGCAGCGUUCUGGACUACCGACAAGUCUAUCCAAUAUUAUAUAGAACACUGACUGGUUAUGGGGUGCCUGAGAAUUCAAAAGAGUUCUCAAAUGAUUUAAUGAGAUUAGGACCAGUACAUAUUCAGAGGAAAGCUUUGCAUGAAGUGUUCAUGAGUGCAUUACGUGCCGAAUACUACGAUGCAGCUAUACGCCAUCUGUGCUAUAUUUUACAGGUUUAUUAUAAUUAUAUGGAUCAAGAAACGUCUGAGCGAAUGCUUGGAGAACUGACCAAAUUAGUAGCAUCGCGGGAUGUUCAACACCAGCUCAGUCAGCACAUUUCAUUACCACAGCAUGGACUUAUCAUACCGCCAAUUCAGAUGAUGCGUUUCCCGAAACUUGAGAAGUUUGCAGUCUGUCCCCUUCCGGGACACCUUGCUGCCACGAUUAUUCGACCCAAGCUUCACUCCGACAUAUUUAUUUAUUCGCCAUUUCAACAUGAGAUUGCUUCGAAAGUUACAUGGGUUCAAGAUUGCGCUUGCGAGGUUUCCAUAUCGGUGAUCAAUUGUCUGCCAUGCGAACUAUCCGUAUCCAAUCUUGCUUUACUUUCUGAAGGUUGCGCUUUUGAGCCAAUUCCUGUCCGACUUACUUUACCUGCAUCUAGUGAUAAUACAGAAGCUGUAGAUUUCAAACUCAUUGGAGUGCCCAGGCGAGUUUAUUGA